AAUAAAAAAUAAAAUUGUAGGAAGACGACAACGUUCUUUUCUAAUUCUUAUUCGUUAGAGGUAAAUUAAACAAAGAUGGCGGCCUCCGUUAGAAUGCGACCUUCUGUAUUUAAAAGUUUAUAUUUUCACAGAACUUCAUGUAUUGUGUGUAGAGAGUGUCAAAGUUCAGCUUCCACAACAACAGAUGCUAAAUCUGAUGGUGGACCACCUGUACACAUUGAAAGAGAGCAUGUACCUAGAGGACAAGUUAAUAUUCCAAAGAAGAAAAAAAGAGAUUCACUGUCAAUAUUAAAAGCAUUAGCAUCAACAGUUGGCAGGGACCCAACUGCCCCAAAAUUUGUAUUUUUAGAUGAUCCUGCACUUGUUCCACGGAAAUCAGAGAGGGAGAAAGUACUUAUAAGUAAGGCAUCAGGAAAGAGAACAGCCCGCUUCAUGGUUAAUGAGUAUAGGAAUACAUUUAAUCAUGGUGCUGCAGCGCCUCCUGUGAAGGCAUACCAGCCUGAUGUAACAGAGUAUAUUUAUACAGAUGUAUGUACUGAUGCCCUUAGAGAGAGAAUUGCAAGAAGAGAGGUGGACGAUGCUAUAGAAGUAUAUAAUAGAUUGUUAGAAGAAGGUCAAGAUGUGAGUACAGAAAUAAAAUUAUCAUUUUUGGAGCUGCUGUGUGUGUUUGGGGGUAAAAACCCACCGCCGCCUUUGAUGCCAGAAGAAAGAAUGGUUGAGAGGAUACAAAUACAAAAUGAAGCACUAUCAUUUAAAAUACCAAUGGAAUUUGCUGAGGAGGUUUUCCACAGUUUGCCAGAGAAGACAGUUGAUGCUUAUAAUUGGAUAGCCAGGGGAAUGGCAAAGGCCAAACUAGCUAAAGGGUUGUAUUUCUACCAAGAAAUGAAGAAAUCUGAAAUCCCAGUAUAUCUAGGUACAUAUAAUGAGUUGAUUAGCUACUUGUCUCAGCAGAAUGUUGAUAGAAUGAAAGAAGUUGAGAACUACUUAACUUCAAUGAAGAAGGAUGGUAUUGCUCCAAACCUAGAGACAUUUCACAGUGUACUGAGAGCUUUAGAAUAUGGAGAUAGAAAUUAUGCUACAUUUGUUCCUUUAGUUCUUGCAGAAAUGAAAGUUUUAAAAAUAGAGCCCACUUUGCAAACAUUUGCAUUGGUUUUAUCUGCACUACGACCACCUAAGUCUGACAAACCUAUACCUUACAAACAAGGUCUUCAUAUUGUCAGUGACAUACAAGAAAUCAUAACGUAUAUGAGAGCACGAGGGCUUGAUAAAUACCGGGUUGAUCAUCCGAAAGAACACUUUUUAUUUGAAGCACUGAAGGAAUGUAAAAAGUUUAACGAUAUAGGUGUUGCGGAGAUGUUGUAUAAUGUACGGGAAGAGAUGGGCUACAACUACAUCUCUACAUCAUUCUUUGAGGACGAGAACUUCUUUGGUACCCUGCUUAGAAUGUAUGCUUUGACAGAGAACUCUGAUAAAUUGAUGGAAUUCUACAAUAAAGAAAAUACUUAUAAUAGUUCUUUAACUUUUCCUGUUAUACUGGCAGUUUUAGAUAACAUUGAAACACACAGUGCAUACCAGUAUUUGCCACAGCUUUGGGAAG